AUGCAUGGCCUACUUUCAGACAACGACACCAAAAAUGACCGCCAGAAGGAAGUGGCGGUGGAGUUGGGGCAACGCAGCUCAUCCUCAACUGACCCAUCAGACGAGUUGCCGCCGUUGAUUUACACUACGGAAGCCAAAUUGCUUCGCAAGAUCGAUCUCAGAUUGCUUCCGUGUGUCUCGGGUUUGGUGUUGCUGUGUUACCUGGACAGGUCCAACGUGGCCAAUGCCAUGAUAUAUGGAUUGAAAGAGGAUUUGAAUAUUUCCGGGGUGCAGGUGUCGACGGCGUUGACCAUGUUCUUCACCACGUAUAUCCUGUUCGAGAUUCCGUGGAAUAUCACGUUGAAGAGCUUGACGCCGCGGGUUUGGCUGUCCAUUUGUAUGCUCGGUUUCGGCUUGACGACAAUGUGCACCGGAUUCGCUCAGAAUUAUGGCGGUUUCGUGGCCACGCGCCUUGUCCUUGGAAUCGCGGAAGCAGGAAUCUUCCCCGGCUGUGCCUAUCUCAUGGGCUCGUGGUAUAGACGAAGAGAAGCUCAACGACGUUUCUCAUUAUAUCUGAGCGCAACCUGUUUGGCUACCGCUUUCGGUGGUUUGAUAGCAGCCGCCAUCGGAAACAUGGACGGAAUAUGUUCUUUGUCCGGCUGGCGAUGGAUUUUCAUCAUCGAGGGUAUCUUGACAGUUCUGUUAGCGCUGGUCUGCUUCGCCUUUCUCCCGAACUUCCCGGAACAAGCGAAAUGGCUCACAGACGAGGAGCGCGAAUACGUUCGGGCGCGAUUGCGAGCUGAACAGGGCAGCUCAGCACUUAACCAUCGCAUCACGGUACGCGACGUCUGGGAAGUAAUCAAAGACCCUAAGGCGAUCAUCACGGGAAUUCUCCAUUUGUCGGUUUCCGUGCCGGGCACCAUGGGCACGUAUUUUGCACCGACGAUUAUUGAGAGUCUUGGGAUUUAUUCUCGGAUUGAGACUCAGUGGCAUACGGUCCCGGUGUGGAUGGUGGCUUUUGUUCUGACCCUGGUCGUAGCAUAUGGUUCCGACAAGAUUGGGAAUCGAUAUGUCCUGACUAUAGCCUGUGCCGUUAUAAGUAUCGUGGGCUAUGCUAUCCUGUUCGAAACAGACAAUGUGCAGGUGCGGUACGCAGCGUUAUUUUUAGCCAUCGCUGGUGUGCAUGCUUUGAUGCCUUUGGAAGUUUGUUGGAACGCGAUGAAUCUUGGAGGCCACCAUCGACGGGCUGUGGGAAGUGCAUGGCAGGUAUCCGUGGGAAGUCUCGGAGGAAUUAUCGGGACGUACGCCUUUCGAGAUGAGGACGCACCCAAGUAUCGAUUUUCGUAUGCCCUCUGCAUUGGCUUCACCUGUUCGAGCGCCGCUUUGUGUACCGUGUAUUGGGGAUGGUGCUGGUGGCUGAACCGUCAACGCGCCAGCCAGGGAUGGGGGCGAGAUAUGAGCGAGGAGGAAAAGGAGCGUCUAGGAGACCGGAGUCCGAGUUAUCGGUUGAUGUUAUAG